UAUUAAUCACGUCACGUCACGUGUUUGCUGUAUCAUUUGCUCCUUACGUAUCGAAGUGUUCUUUUACCGUAGUAAUAAUGUUAGGGUUUCACAAUUGAUUGCAUUUCUUCAGAUUCUUCGUUCCGUGUUUAUGUUACAGAUCUGGUGUAUCUAAUCGUUGACGGUGUUGUCAAGUAUGACGAAAGAAGAAACAGAGAAUGGAGGAGAGGAUAUGUUAAUCGAUGGUCCUGAGACCCAAGACAAGGAAUUAGAGGCAUUUCCUGAGAGAAUUAAACUCUAUUACGGAUGGCUUUUCCCUCAUGCUGACAUGUCCAAAUGGAUGUCAUACGGAAAUGAUGGGAAACAUCCUGCAUGUGACCAAUCGUAUUUUGGACGAAGAGAAUAUUCUUUUACAUUGGAAAAUGAUAUAUAUAUGCGGUUUCAGUCUUACAAGUCUGCAUCUGAGCUGGAAAAAGCCAUUAAAGAUCACUGUCCAUUCAAAAUUGAUAUUGGUCCCGUUUAUAGCGUUGAUCCUGCAAAGAGGCAUGCAUACUCACAAUCUGGGGACAAUAUUUUCACUCCUGUGGAAAAAGAGCUCGUGUUUGAUAUAGACAUUUCAGAUUAUGAUGACGUCAGAUAUUGCUGCUCUGGAGCAGACGUUUGCUUGGAAUGUUGGCCUCUGAUGACCAUUGCAAUUAAAGUGAUUGAUACCGCUCUUAGAGAUGACUUUGGAUUCGUUCAUAUUCUCUGGGUAUACAGUGGUCGCCGUGGGGUCCAUUGUUGGGUUUGUGAUACAAAAGCAAGAAGGCUAAAUAAUGAACAAAGGUCGGCUAUUGCAGAAUAUUUCCGCGUGUACAAGGGUAAUAGUAACAGUAAAUCAAAGGUUUCUCUUGUGGGUCCCGCACUUCAUCCUUUCCUUGUGAGAUCGUAUAAUGUUCUGAGUGACUACUUUGAGAAGAAAUUGCUUUGUAGCCAACAGUUGCUUUCGGAUGAGAGAUAUGAGAAUAUACUGGACAUGAUUUCUGAUGAAUCUGUAGCCUCAGAGCUUAGAGGUAAGUGGCAAGGCAAUAGGCGCUCUAAUGCAAACGAUAUAAAUAUUGUGCGAUGGGAGCAACUAAAACAGCAUUGCGGCAGAAAAAAGACAUCUGGGCUUCGUAGGUGCCUUGAGGAGAUUGUCUUUUCUUACACUUAUCCUAGGAUUGAUAUGGAGGUUUCAAAACACAUGAACCAUUUGCUGAAGUCACCUUUUUGCGUACACCCCAAAACAGGCCGUGUGUGCAUUCCCAUCAAUCCAAACCUUUGUGAUGAGUUUGAUCCUACCAACGUGCCGACACUUUCCAAGCUUCUGAGAGAAAUCAACACUGGAGGCUUGCAAGCCGAAGGCGAGAAAGUAUGGGAUAGAACCUCAAUGGGGAAGUCCAUCAGAUAUUUCAAAGAAUCGUUCCUGCAGCCGUUACUGAAAUCUUGCAAGGAAGAGAUGGAAGCCUCAUAUAAUGCCAAAAAUCAGCAAUUGAAAAACUCGUUGGGCUGGUAACGUAUACAACUAAUCGUUGACAAAAUGUUCUCAAAACUGUUUUUAGCGUUUUUACGUUUUGUUUAUGCCUUUUUACUGAGGUUCUAUUUUCGGUUAUUAUUUCUUUUAUUCUAUGUUUAAUCUACUCUCUCGACAUGACAACGCGUAAAGUAUUUUUUAUCACGAGUCAUGGUUUGCUUUGGCAUCA